GCAACACUGUAACCACCUUGUUUCAAACACGUUGGUUGUGGUUCUUGCGUGCACGUGUGUUAUCCAUGUGUGUUUGUGUUUCCGUAACGUUUGAGAAACUUUCCAUUCUGGCAUCGGCGCGAAAUGAAUCGCAAACGGAAGGUGUCUGACUCUGUCAGUAAAGAUGAAGCCAGUGAUACCGGUGCUCCAGUGGACAAAUCUGCAAAAUUUGACGAAUCCGGACCAUUUUGCAUGGUCAAGUUUAUUGCUUCCCUGGAAUCUGAAGAAAAUGCGAUUAAUGAACUGGAGAAAUUCACGCACGCUGCUGAGCUGUUUGCAAGUGGAGCCACAACUGAUGACGUAGCCCAGCAGUUUUUGGCGCGUACAGAGGGCGACCUACAUUCACUGGCUAACCUCAUCAGGAAACAGAAAUCAACAACUUAUGCGGUUGCACGUGUGUACCGUUGUCUGGAGUUGCUGCUACACCAUGUUGCAGAAGAGAGUCCUCAUCUUUCCACAAGUGUAGUGAGCUCACUGCAGCAACCCCUACUGCAGAGCAAGCAUCAUCUGGAACAGUCUCUAACAAUGUCCCGGUCCAAAUUUAACCAUGUCAGAGCUGCCCUACGCAUGCUCACAGCACUUGCCGUGCUAGGUCCUGAAGGGGCACGUCUGGUGACCCAAGUGGUCCACUUUGACUCAUCACAUUUCCGUGUUCUGCUACAUUGGCGCAAUGUCAAGGAUCCAGAGGAUAUCAGGACAUGUGCUGUAUAUCUGCUUCUCUCUAUCUUUGCCACUGGAAGAAACACUGUUGUGCGGCAGAUCCUAGAAACAAAAGGUCUGCUCAAUACUAUCUUCUUAGGGUUAACCUUUGACAGAGCCCCAUUUAUCUGCAAUUUCCUGCUGACCCUUAGAGCUAAGGUGGUGAGAAACAUGGCAUUUACAAAGACCACGAAGAUGCACCUUUUUAAUGAAGGAACUCUGCAACAUGUGCUUUAUCUUUUGAGUUGGACGGGACCCAGGGAGCUGUAUAUCCAUCCAAGAGCGAAAAAAUUUUGCAAAGAACCAUCAGAUGAUGAUGAUGAAGAGAAAAGAGCUGUACUCCAAGUAUCACAAGAGGAUAUUGAAUCUGUUCAAGCUGCCGCCCUUGAGUUUCUGCAGGAAGUCUGCUGUUCGCACAAGAUCGGAAUUUCAUUUCGAGACACAUCAUUGGGGUUGACAAAAAAUGUGAACCCCACCAUCACAAAAUUGCUUCAGAGUACAUCCAAGCUGUAUGAGUCUACACGUGGAGAAGAGUUCAUAGUGCAGAUAAUGUGUGCAUGCCCUGAACAGAUCACUUACUAUCUCCACACGUGGAUGCCUCUUCUGUCUAAUGCGCAUGCGCAAACCACAGAGAAGAUGAUUGCGGUACUCCAACAGGUUGUGGUCAAUCAAGACAUAGCAUUAUGCCUGCAAAACAUGGCAGACAAAUCUCCAACAGAAAUGUGUGAAGCCAUGAUGACUUUGUCUGCCCUCGACUUCUUACCCUGUAUCAGUGAGGCACAGUGUAUGCAGGACAGCAGCUCUGGGUUGGGUGUGCACCUCAGUUAUAUGAAGCUACUGCUAGCAUCGCUGGAUAAGAUAUGCUCAGCACUUCGUCUGGUAAGGAGUAACGCCUUUGCUCCCUUGGCAAAGCCAGGGGCCAGAGAGAAGUUUGAAUCAGCACUUACCACUGCAGUCCGGAAGAAUGUUCCACCAGCCUCGGACCUUGUGUCGAAGUACCUAGCUAUUGUCACGAAGGCAGAAUCAGGAAGGCAGGUUUUAACUACUGUCACUGAAGAAGAAAAUCCACUGAUAUAUGUGAGAGGCAAGUACUGCUUGGCAAUCCUACAGGUACUGGAGCUGUACUGGGUUGUGUUCAGUCAAAAGACCUGCACUGACAGUGGAGAAGAAUAUCUAAACUGGGAGCUGCUGUGCCAGCUGUUCCAGACUAGCACGGAUGCAUUGCAGCGUGAUGUGUCGGAGAAUCUCCAGCUAAGGGCUAUUCAACUUGUUGUAAAUGCUGCACCCACCUUAGAGUCCCUCUUUGCACAAAGUGAAAGAUCUGUCUUUCACCACCUCCUUACACUGCUUGCCCAAGGUACAGAUGAAACGAAAAGAAAACGUGCAUCAUCACUGGUUAUGCAAAUCCUAUGCAAGAUGAGCGUCUUGGAGCCUUAUGGUGAAGAGAUGAACAUAUGGAUUGAGAAAGUUUGUCUAGCCCAACUUGGGCAGCAUACAGCACUGGUGAAUCUUAUCAUUACAGCUGUGCAGCUUCUCUUGAAUGACCCCAACACGUACAAUGAUGAAGUAAUGCAGUGCAUAACAGAGUCCAAUGCACUUGAGAGACAGAGCAGUGUUGACCUUUGGGAUGUUCUUCGAAGCAACACUGAAUGUAGGGUUAAUACACAGGAGUUGGACAUAUCUGAUUGUGGGAGAUACUUCAGUCCUCUGCUUCCAGCCAUACUGGAAUCCUUCCAAUCUCUAUCAGAGCCUGUCUGCAGGCAAUACAUUGACGCAGUGGUUGUAGAGAUCUUGCACAUUCAGCAGCAGCCUGGAGCACUGUGCAUGUUCUUGGAGAACAGUGCUUCCCAGUUACCUUCAUCCAUCCGGUGUUACAUAGAAAUAUUGUCUGAAGGGGGAGAGAAGCAUACUACAAAGGAUCCUGCUCUGCUUGAGCCCAAUGCAUUUUAUGACCCCUUGGUGCCUAAAUUGGGAAGCUAUUUCAUAAGGCAGAUUGUUGCUGCAAGCAAGAAACGAAAGAGGAAGUCUAUGAGCAGUGAGGUUGACAUGGAUGGCAUAAUGUCUGCUGUGAAGGACGCACCCAGAAAGAGCAGCCUGUUUUGUCAGAUACUGUUCUAUGUGAAGACCCUUUUUGAUCAUGAAGAGCUAUUGUCCUUGAUGCCAGAAUAUUUAGGAUUGCUUAAAGCUAUCCUAGAAUCCAGCUUCGACGCGAGUGAUAUACCCAGCCAGGACAUCUUGCAUCUCCUAAACCUCUUGCUUCGCCAUGAGACGACACUCACCUGGUACCUCAAUGUAGGGGCCCUGGACACAGCAUACCAGUCUUCUACUCUGGAAUACACACAGCUCAUUCUGGACACAGUACUGCUUGCUCGUCGAAGGUGCACUUCAACUGCCUUAGCAGCGAUCACGGAUCCUCUCUGCCUGUUGAAGGACAAAACUGUGCUUUCCAUUUCAUCCGGAGGGGCAGCCUUUUGUAACCUUUGGAGUAACAUUGUGAGAGCAUUUGCCACAAUGUUCAGUGAACAUGACAUAGUUGUGCUAUUGGAAGAUAUGCUGGCACUGCCUGGAGAUCUCUCCUUAGAUGCCACAAAAAUGCUGAUGACAGAACUGAGUGCAAGGUCUCCUAGACGGGAGCAGACACAUGCAUACUUGUCAGCUGCAGCUAUCAAUAAGGCUGUUGCUAUGAAGCUUAUGUUGGACGAGGAAGAUGUCAACAUGGACAAAGAUGAAUUUGGGAACGCCGUCCUGCAUCUGUUCAUGUCUCACCCCAGUUAUUGUGCUGCCGUGGAACCCGAUUGCAUAGAACAACUUGCUUCAUCCAUAUCUUUUUUGGAGCUGCUCAGUUUCAUCAUGGAACACAGUCCUGCCCAUAGGCUUCUGUUUCAUGGAAUGAUCUCCUGCCAGGAGAUUCGUUUGCAUCCCAAUGCUUCUCCUCAGGGGUUAGGUGCACUGCUAGCUGCCAUAGCCAAGACACUGGAACAGGUGGAUCCAGCUGUGUCUGCCUGGGUGGUGAAGCAAUUCCUCAAGCUUUGCAAGCGUCUGAGUACUGUUGAAGAGCCACUCCCUUACAAUGUGGUACAGCCGAUUGCAGACACCGCUACUUCUUUGCUAAAUUUCAAACUGUUAGAUAAAAAGGACAUUCAGAAACUGUUGGACAUGGUGGGAGACACAACAAACAAUCUGCUUCGGCUGGUUCUUCUGAACAGGAUAUCUGAGGGAGCAACACCUGAUUUCAAAGAGUCCUUACUGGACUCUAUUCUUCAGCAUCUUCUUGCCAGUGUUUGCAAAGCAGCACAAGAUGAAGAACCAGCUGCAUGCGGUUUUGAGGAGUUGGAACGUUCUGUGAUUGUAUUCAAGCAAUUUAAUGAAAAGAGCUUUGUACGGGCUGCCUGUCGUGACAACUUCUGGCAGCAGUGCAUUGUGAGUCUGCUCAAGUCUGCUUUCAAGUCCUUCUCAAUGGGAGCUGUGGUAUUCAAGCUCAUUUCAGCAGCCUGUGAGACAGUCUACAUGGACACUGGUGUCACAACUCACCCGAGUGCUGCUAACAUCUACAUGAUGAUCCUCGGCCAUUCGAAGUUUCUUUCAAUAAUGCUGGACAUGGAUGUUGAAGCACAGGAAGCAAGAGGUAGCCUACUCGAACUGAUGACAACCUUAGUUAAACGUGAGAAGAGUAUCUGCAGCGUGGACCAUGUUCCAUUAUAUCUGAGUGCUUAUGGUGCAACCCUAUCUAUUGUUGAUCAAAAGGUUUUAUAUCUUCUCUACCUGUAUGAAGAAAGUGGAGUGGACAUGACCAUGUUCAGGCCAUACAUGUGGGGGCCAUCUGCAGCAUCAUUCUACUCUGUUUACAAGAAAUCUUCCAGAAGCUUGUUGAAGCAACCAAAGACAGAAGAAAUCCUAGGGCUAUUCAAUGAUGGCAUAAUGGCUUCAUCCUUGCUUAGGUUUCCUCUUGAUCUGGACCUACAGCCCAUACCACACGAAGAUGCUGCCGACAAAUCUGUGUAUGACCCAAGAUUUGUGCUCCCCCUGCUCUACAAUCUCCUCUCACCAGGUUCACUUUUACAGUGCCGUCAGUUUGUGGAAUUGCGGUUCUUGGCCUACGUGCUGCAUUCGCUGUGCAGCGAGGUAUUCCAAGUGCGAGCUCUCGGCUAUAAUGUCCUGUGUCUUUUUUAUCAACAUCUCGAAGGAUCUCGCUACAGCAACAGCACCUUCUGGCUUUGUGUUCUGCAGAGCCUACGCAAUGCACUAACUGUAACCAGUGCUCGUCUGCCCUGUCUCUUGGCAGGGUACCUGGCCAAAGCUGUUCAGGCCAUUCACAGCCCAGCUCACGAUGCUUUCAACCCAGUUCUAAACUUUCUCCUGGCAAAGCCUGUCAUCAACAUCAACAAUGUUCCCGAUUUCUACAGAAUGUUUUUCAAUCAAAGUAUCAAGCAUCGCUUCCGUCGCUCUUGGUUCCUGGAAAUGGUUGCCAGCAACCUGCGAUCUAGUCUAGACUUCCACAUUUGCUGCAACCGAUAUGUCCUGGGCAUUUUCAAAGCCUAUUUUAUGGCUUCCACCUGCACCAAACAGUCAAAGGAGCUGGUGCUGAAAAUAUUUCUUGCUGCUGUAAAAAUUCCUAAAGCUGCUCGCACACUUUGCAGAGAGCAAGGCCUGCUUGGAUGGGUGUCAGCUGCAUUGGCACGGAGUUCGGAUGAUGCCGUCCUGAGCAAGCUUCUCUUUGACGUUGUUCAUCAAGUCUGGUGGUCAAGUUCUGCUGAAAUACUCACAUACAUGGACAAGAUGGUUGCUGCCCUGAAAAAGGAGCAUGAAGCCAUUUCUCUGUUGGCUCCAGAGCACCAAGUGAAGACUGACGUUCUUAGAGGACAUGAUGUAGAGGAUACAUCUUUUCUACAUACUGUACCAGCAGCUUACAGCAACCCUUCUGCUGAUGUUGUGAAGGUUCCUCCCAAGCGGAGGUUCUAUGAGCACUUCCCCUUUGAAUUUCUCCUGGCACUCUGUGACAUGUGCAAGUAUGUCAGGAACUGCUCAGACCUCACGACAGUGACCCACUACAUACAAGACAUGGGUGAUGCCUUCACAUACAUUCACACCAGAAAUUCCAUGGGUCUAUCUGCAACAGAGGACGUCUUCCGACCAGGCACACAACUAAUCUUGAGCAUACUGGAGAUCUGGGAACACUUUUCCAAAUGUGACAAGUCUGAGAGGCUAAACCCUCUGGUAGAAGGCAUUAUACAAGUGUGUGAGCACUGGCUGCCUGUGUGUGCUGGCUCUCAAGAUUUGUGGAUACGGACAUUGGAUGUGGCACUGGAGUACAGUAAACAAGGAACCAGCGACGGUGUGUUGAAGUGGGUGUCCUUGUGGCUAAAAAGUGACAAUUUUGCCCAUGCACUUGUCUCAGAUUGCAAGCGCCUUAACAGGAUUGUGGAUAUGGCUAGAGAUGUGCUCUGUUGUGGUGGUGGCUGUGCUUCUGAGAAGGAUGCGAGCAUUAUAGCUGUUCUGCACGUGUUGUUGAAUCAAGCAGUCGAAGAAACUUUGAAUGAGGAACUGAAGCCAAAGUACCAGAAAGCCAUGCGAUCGCUGAAGAAAAAGUCACUCACAGAUAAACAGAGGGCCUUAGCUACCACAGUGCUGUUACAAGAGCUGCUGCUGAAGAAAGCCAAGCCACACUUAUUUGGCAUGUAUGUAAAUACCUGUGUAAAUGUGGAACAAGCAAUAUAAUUACUUGCAGAGAAUAAAAUAUUGGUACAUACUUUA